GCGGGCACCAUUUCAGGCUCCUCCGUGCGGGCAGGGGCAGCAGGAGUCCGAGAUCCAAAUGCAAAGGGGUGCGGACCAAGGAGAGAACUGGUGCUCAGCUUUGAGGCCCCACUACUAGUUCCGGGCGAGCCAGGAGGGGAGAAAGAGUGUGCGCUCCGGGGCGACGCGGCCGGCGGGUGGCAGCGGGCGUCGUCCCGCGAGGAGUGAUCCAGGGACGCCGCUGGAUCGCGCGGCCCCGCCGGCCCCCAGGUGCACGCACAGCCCCCUUUUCCAGCCGAGGCAACCGAGGCUCCGAGAGCCACCGCGGCCCACCCAGGCGGAGCCACCCGGGCGCCGCCCGAACCCAUCUGCACCGCGGAGGGCACCCGGCCCCGCCCCGCCGCGGCCCCGCCCGGGUACCCGAAGUAGCCGGCGCCGCGCGGGCGCCGCGACAGGUGGAGCGGAUCGGAGCCUGCGCCGCGCUCCGGGCCCCACCAUGGGCAACCGCGCGGGCCGCAGCGACUUCGAGUGGGUCUACACCGACCAGCCGCACACGCAGCGGCGCAAGGAGAUGCUGGCCAAGUACCCGGCCAUCAAGGACCUGAUGCGGCCAGACCCGCAGCUCAAGUGGACGGUGACGGGGCUUGUGCUGGCGCAGCUGCUGGCCUGCUGGCUGGUGAGGGGGCUGGCCUGGCGCUGGCUCUUCUUCUGGGCCUACGCCUUCGGCGGCUGCGUGAACCACUCCCUGACGCUGGCCAUCCACGACAUCUCCCACAACACGGCCUUCGGCACCGGCCAGCCUGCCCGAAACCGCUGGUUCGCCAUCUUCGCCAACCUGCCCAUGGGCGUGCCCUAUGCCGCCUCCUUCAAGAAGUACCACGUGGACCACCACCGCUACCUGGGCGGCGACGGGCUGGACGUGGACAUCCCCACGCGCCUGGAGGGCUGGCUCUUCUGCACGCCGGCCCGCAAGCUGCUCUGGCUGGCCCUGCAGCCCUUCUUCUACUCGCUGCGGCCGCUCUGUGUGCACCCCAAGGCCGUGACCCGCAUGGAGGUGCUCAACACGCUGGUGCAGCUGCUGUUCGAUGCCGCCAUCCUCGCGCUCUGGGGGGUCAAGCCCGUGGCCUACCUGCUGGCCAGCUCCCUCCUGGGCCUGGGCCUGCACCCCAUCUCGGGCCACUUUGUGGCCGAGCACUACAUGUUCCUCAAGGGCCACGAGACCUACUCCUACUACGGGCCGCUCAACCGCAUCACCUUCAACGUGGGCUACCACGUGGAGCACCACGACUUCCCCAGCAUCCCGGGCUGCAACCUGCCCCUGGUGCGGAAGAUCGCGCCGGAGUACUACGACCACCUGCCGCAGCACCACUCGUGGGUGAAGGUGCUCUGGGACUUCGUGUUUGAGGACUCCCUGGGGCCCUAUGCCAGGGUGAAGCGGGUGUGCAAGCUGGCGGAGGACCGCCUGUGAGCCCUGCCGGCCGCACAGCGUGGCGGGCCCCAGGCUGGCUGGGCUGCACUGAUCCCUGUACCCCAGGCUGCUGCUCGUGUCCCCAGGCCCUGCCAUCGGCAGCUCCGCCUGUCCACAGGGUGCAGGCUGUGUCCUGGGGCAGCGUGGUCUGCACAGGGACUCAGAGGACCAGGCCUGCCUGCCACCUGGGCCAGGGCUCUGGCCUGUGGUCCUCGCCGAGCUGACUGCUGUGGAUUCUUGUGCCCCAAAUUAAAGGAGCGUUUGUUUUCA